AUGGAUUUUCUUUCAGUUGAUGCCAAGAAUCCAGAUAUUCUGGGUGAAAUUGUACCUGAGGUAAAGCAAAAGAAUCAGAUAGGAUACCUGAACUGUACAGUAGUGAACAAGGGCCCAGAGUCAGUGGUUCAAUGGACAAAGUCUCCAACAGUUGAUGGAGGAAACACUAUUUUGUUAAGUGAAGAUGAUACAAUAGUUUACCAAGGAUCCAAUAAAGGGAUAAAUGAGGAUUCAGGACUGCAAAAAUACGAUGUACAGAGUCGUACAAACGGAAGAAAAAUUACCUACAUGUUAGUGAUCCGCUAUCUAGCAGAGGAAGAUGCUGGAGAUUAUUGUUGUACAAUAAAGAUCCAAGGUGUGGAGUGGACAGACUGGCCUAAUAAGAUUGGCAAGCUUACGGUGCAGAUUGCGCCUCAAAUUUUACCGAGUAUUAAUUCAGUUUAUGAACUGGAUAUUGGAUCUAACCUUCAGCUGGUCUGUGAGGCACAUGGAAUUCCGUCACCCAACAUCACAUGGAAGAGGGAAGAUGAUCAAGAAUUAUCAAUGGGAGGAUUCCAGACAAGGGGAGCCCAGUUGAAUCUGACCGACAUUCAGAAGAAUGAUCGUGGUAACUACAUCUGUGUAGCUGAUAAUAAUGUCAAACCUCCGGAUGAUUUCAAAGUGGAAGUGGUUGUCUUCUUCCCUCCUGCCUGCAGACCAGUACAGUCCACAGUGGGUCAGGCACAGAACAGAAGAUUUAAUGCUAAACUUGAGUGCAUUGUUGCAGGAUUUCCUCAGCCUAGCAUGAGAUGGGUGAAGAAAACAGAAAGUGGAAAACGCACGGAAAUUACGGACGAUGAUAAAUAUGACAUCACCAAACAGUUUAGCAGUCAGCUUCAGAAUGAUGAGUUUUGGUACACACUGCUUGUGAAGAAUGUACAGGCUAAGGACUACACUAAUUAUUAUUGUGUGGGAAAUAACAGAUACGGAGUUGGAGAAACAGUCAUCAUAUUGUAUGGUUUGUAUAGCUUGUUAAUUAGAUGCAUGAAGUAG